CUUGUGGUGAGGUGCCCGUGCUAGGAGGGACUGAGGGGGCUGGAAAGGCUUCCGUAAGGAAGUGGGGAGUGGGGCAGCUUGUGCAAAGGUCCUGCGGUGAGUAGCAGGUGCCAGGAGAGAUGGAAGAAAGCAGGGUGCUGAGCACAGCCUGGCAUGAGGCUGGAGGGCAGCCUGGGGGCCACUGGGCCUGCUCCUGAGCCACACGCCUGCCUGUCCUCAGCGAGCGGCCCCGUGGAGACUCGGGCUCACGCAGAGGAGCGGCUGCUGAAGAAGCUCUUCUCUGGCUACAACAAGUGGUCCCGGCCCGUGGCCAACAUCUCGGACGUGGUCCUUGUCCACUUUGGCCUGUCCAUCGCCCAGCUCAUUGACGUGGACGAGAAGAACCAGAUGAUGACGACGAAUGUGUGGGUGAAGCAGGAGUGGCGGGACUAUAAGCUGCGCUGGGACCCCAGGGACUACGAGAACGUGACUUCCAUCCGCAUCCCCUCCGAGCUCAUCUGGCGGCCAGAUAUCGUGCUCUACAACAACGCGGACGGGGACUUCGCCAUCACCCACCUGACUAAGGCCCACCUGUUCCACGACGGGCGGGUGCAGUGGACGCCGCCUGCCAUCUACAAGAGCUCCUGCAGCAUCGACGUCACCUCCUUCCCCUUCGACCAGCAGAACUGCACCAUGAAGUUUGGGUCCUGGACCUACGACAAGGCCAAGGUCGACCUGGUGAGCAUGCACAGCCACGUGGACCGGCUGGGCUUCUGGGAGAGCGGCGAGUGGGUUCUCGUGGACGCCGUGGGCACCUACAACACCAGGAAGUACGAGUGCUGCGCUGAGGUGUACCCUGACAUCACCUACGCCUUCAUCAUCCGGCGCCUGCCGCUCUUCUACACCGUCAACCUCCUCAUCCCCUGCCUGCUCCUCUCCUGCCUCACGGUGCUGGUCUUCUACCUGCCCUCCCAGUGCGGCGAGAAGGUCACGCUGUGUAUCUCCGUGCUGCUGUCGCUCACCGUCUUCCUGCUGCUCAUCACCGAGAUAAUCCCCUCCACCUCCCUGGUCAUCCCACUCAUCGGCGAGUACCUGCUGUUCACCAUGAUCUUCGUCACGCUCUCCAUCAUCAUCACCGUCUUCGUGCUCAACGUGCACCACCGCUCCCCGCGCACCCACUCCAUGCCCGCCUGGGUGCGCCGCGUUUUCCUGGACAUCGUGCCGCGGCUGCUCUUCAUGGAGCGGCCGCCCAUGACCAAGGUCAACUGCGGGCGGCUCAUCGAAUCCAUGCACAGGAUGGCCAGUGCCCCUCGCUUCUGGCCGGAGCCUGAGGAGCCCAACUUCAUGAGCAAAGUCCAGAGCCAGGGCCCCUCGCCCACCCCGGCCUUCUGUGCUCCCCUGGAUGCGCCAGGCAAGCCCCAGCCGGCCUGCACGUUGCCCUCAGACCAGGUGCCCGCUCUGCGGCUAGCAGAGGCCAAGGAAGCCAGCCCCGGCCCGUCGCCCAGCCCCUGCCGCCCAACCACCAGCACCUGGGCCCCGGGGCUUGCCAAAGCCCGGUCUCUGAGCAUCCAACACAUGUCCAGCCCCAACAAAGCACCGGAGGGCGGCAUCCGGUGCCGGUCUCAGAGCAUCCAGUACUGCGUUCCUCAAGACGAGGCCGCCUCCCAGGCCAGCGCCCCUGUGGCCAGCUCCCCUCCCUCCUUGCAGGCUCCCUGGACUGAGCUCCCACCUGCAGACCAGGCCUCUCCCUGCAAAUGCAAGUGCAAGGAGCUGUCCACAGGAUCCUCAAACACAGCGUUCAAAGCCCUCAACACCAAAGCACCGCCCCGCCGCCCGCCCCUGCCGCCCGCCCUGACGCCCGCCCUGACGCGGGCUGCCGAGGGCAUCCAGCACAUUGCAGCCCACCUGAAGGCGGAAGACACCGACUUCUCGGUGAAGGAGGACUGGAAGUACGUGGCCAUGGUCAUCGACCGCAUCUUCCUCUGGGUGUUCGUCAUCGUCUGCCUGCUGGGGACGGCCGGCCUCUUCCUGCCACCCUGGUUGGCCGGCAUGAUCUAGGCACCCAAGCACUGUACGGAUCACUUUAAAAAUCAGAGCAGAAAAUGUGCGGGGCCACGCCACCUGCCGGUUGUUCCCCACCUCCAUCUGCUGCCUCCUGGGGAGGCGGGUGUGGCUCGGUGGCUGGGCCCUGCCCAGGAGGCAGCCCGCUGAGAAAGGCUUGUUCUCACCACGGGGCAUCGCUGCCUGAGCCACACCGAAGUGCACCCCGAGCAUGGCUGCUCUCUCCUCACAGGUCCCAGCCGUCCCCACGUCCUGGGGCCAAGCCCUCAGCCCCUCUCAGCCCCUGACCCUCCUCCCUGUGGGAUCCCGAGGCCCCUGCCUGUCCAUCCCCCAGCGUGGGGACACCACCCCUACCCUUGGUCCUCGGCCUGCUCUCUCUGACCCCACAGAGGCCAGUCACAACCAUGCGAGUCUCACUUGCCAGGUGGGCCUAAGCAGGGGUUUUAUUUUAUUUUAUUUUUAAAACAUAUUUUUAUUGAUUUCAGAGAGGAAGGUAGAGGGAG